AUGGCGUACGGCACUCUCAUAUUCUGGGCGCUAUGCCUAGUGCCCCAACACGCCUUUGCGGUAAACCAAAUCGACAGUGAACAGUAUUCGAUUGGGUCAGAAGCCUGGAAGCGAGCAGGGAACCACUUGAACGAGCAUAUCCCGGACCUGGCCCUCCACAAACGCCAGAUAAGAACUGCCGAUGCAAUCCCCCUCCGCAUCAGGAGCGCAACACAAUCAGAUAUCGAUGGAGCUCGCGACAUUGUGCAGGCCGCCAUGGCCGAAGCUGGUGUGCGCAACCAGAAACGAAUGCUGCAGCCGGCUCGCAACAUGUACUACGCCGACCAGGUGUCCGAGUCGACGCUCCAGAAGCGCGACGACAUGGUCCCACGGCUGCUGGGCGUCUCGGGCGAAGCAGCUUCUGCCGCUGCGCUCUUGGCCGAGGCCGACUCGCUCAAGUCCGGCCGCUCGCUAGCCAAGAGGAUCAACAACAACAACAACAAUAACAACAACAGCAAAAGCAGAUUCUGGAUGGAGAACAUUGCACGCAAGGGCUCUAUGCCCUGGGGAGAUGACCCGGACUACCAGGUCUUUCGCAACGUCAAGGACUUUGGCGCCAAGGGCGACGGCAUUCACGAUGAUACCUUUGCGAUUCGACGCGCCAUCCUUGCGGGGUCCGGCAAGAACCCCGAUCUCAACGUUCGCUGUACGGGUGAUUGCGCAGGGUCGACGACGAAGAACGCCAUUGUCUACUUUCCUUCAGGCACUUACCUCGUCAGUGGCACGAUCCCAGCCUUGCCGGCGACACAGCUCAUCGGCGAUGCCACCAACCCGCCGACUCUAAAGGCUGCCCCGUCGUUUCUUGGGCUAGGAGUCCUCUCGACAAAGGAGUUCCGCGACAACACCAACGUGACACGGAUCAAGAAUAAGCGAGACGACUCGAACGGAGCGCCCGCGGCGGCUGGGGUUGACUUUUAUCGUCAGAUCAGGAACUUUAUUAUAGACAUCACUUCGGCACCGCAGGAUGGCUACAUCAGUGGCAUCCACUACCACACGUCGCAAGCGGCCUCGCUCUCCUUUGUGGAGGUUCGUGCGACCAGCCCCAGGAGCAAUCCAAACACGACACAGAUGGGAAUCUUCUCGGAGAACGGCAGCGGAGGUCAGAUCAGCGAUUUGAGUAUUGUGGGCGGAAGAGUUGGCUUCUACGGAGGAAACUCGCAAUUCACGGCCCAGCGCAUCAAGUUCCGCGAGUGCGGCACCGCUGUCCGCCUUCUCUGGGACUGGAGCUGGGUAUGGAAGAGUGUCGAGAUCGCCAACUGCAACAUCGGGUUCCAGCUCCAGGGCGACGACCCCUUGAACGGCGAGAGCGAACCCAGUGGCUAUCUGGGAUCUAUCCACGUCAUGGACUCGACCUUUGACGACGUCGACACCGCCGUCCGAAACGCCCCUGCCUCGCACGAGCCCGGCGAGGAGACGACCAGCAUCACCCUCGACAACGUCGCCUUUACCGGACGGGUGCACCAUCGGGUCUGGGACGGAGAGAAAGAGUACGUGCAGGGAACACCCGGCAGGCUCGACACGUGGACCUUGGGCGCCUUGUAUCUGGACCCUUCCAAGCGUGACCUGUCUCUCGGGUUCGAGCACGAGACUCGCCGCGAAGACGGCCUCACUGGGAACAGGACGAGAUCCUCCCUGCCCAAGAAGGCCUACUUUGAGCGCCCCAAGCCUCAAUACGCCGACGUCCCGGCCGACAAGUGGGUGCACACCAAGGACUCUUGCAAAGGAGACGGCAAGGCAGACGACACGGCUUGCAUGCAGAAGGUGCUCGACAAGAGAGGCUACAUCUUUGUCGAUGCAGGCAUCUAUCUGCUCUCCGACACCGUCACCAUUCAUCCGGGCACCAUCAUCGUCGGCGAGGCGUGGUCGCAGCUGGUCGCUCGGGGCUCAAAGUUCUCAGACGCCGGGCGGCCGCGACCCAUGAUCCGCGUCGGAGACAAAGGCGACGAGGGUUCGGUGGAGAUUCAGGACCUGCUCUUCACGACCAAGGGCGCCACAGCCGGCGCCAUCCUCGUGGAGUGGAACAUCAAGGCCGACGGCGAGGGCAAAGCGGGGAUGUGGGACUGCCACGCCCGCGUCGGGGGCGCCAAGGGCACCGAGCUGACGCCCACGGAAUGCCCGUCGCCGGCGGUAGGCGGUAGCAGGCAAGCGUGCCACGCCGCCGCCUUGCUGAUGCACAUCACCCCGGGCGCGUCGGCCUACCUCGAGAACGUCUGGCUGUGGGCCGCGGACCACAUGAUCGACGGCGCCUCGCCCAGCCGGGCAGACCGCAACUCGGUGUACGCGGCUCGUGGCAUGCUCGUCGAGAGCAGCGAUCCCACGUGGCUGUACGGCACGUCGGCGGAGCAUGCGGCCAUGUACCAGUACAACUUUUACCGGAGCAAGAAUAUCUUUGCGGCCAUGAUUAGGACCGAGGCGCCGUUUUUCGAGGAGGAGAGGUCGAUGCUGGUCCAGAGACGUGGCAUCUCUUCGAUGUUUGCGGGAGAUCCGAUCUGCACUGCGUCGGAUCUCUGUGGGAAAGCUGUUGGUGCUAUCGUGAAGGGCACCAAGGAUCUCACCAUUGCCGGCGCAGACUUGUUCUCUGGUUUUAACAAGGACGACAAGAACUGCACCUCCACCAACUCCUGCCAAGACACAGCCAUGGUUGCCGACGACAACAAGAAUCUGCAGCUCGGUAACGUCGUCUCGGUCGGCGCCAACAACACGAUUGUUUCGGACAAAAAAGCCAUCCCGGCCAAGGACAACGUCGCCACCAAAGCGAAUCCGAAAUGGUCACAGAUCAACUCGGUUGCUGCCGUGCAAUCUGCCCGCGACGUGGGGUCCUGCCGCAACAUAGACGCCUGGCCAGCAAAGCCCGGGAACGGCAAGUACUUUGACCCGAUCAAGUCCAAACUCCCCAUGGCGUACCCAAAGAUGUUUGUCAACAUGGUCAACGGCUCGCCGCUGCGCUUCACCAACAUCCAGAAGAGCAGCUACCAGAUCAAGCCGUUCGACUUUGCCAGCGUCGACCCGGGAUUCAGCCCGCAGGCUUCGCUAGAGUACGGGCCCGGGACGUUCACCGACUGCAACGGCGAGGCCGGGUUCCAGCUCGAGGGGACGGGCAACAAGUUCCAGAUCCGGGCGACGACAAACGACCGGGACAAGGACAACAAGAUGCGCACGCAGUACAAGUUCGACUUCCCCGUCAAGGGCGUCGAGCAGGGCGCCGUCUACGAGAUGAGCUCGCGCGGCAACGACCGCGCCGUCAACUUUGUGCUGACGGGCAGCGACAAGGUCGGGUACUGGAGCAGCAUCGACCCGCCGGUGGCGUGGAUGACGGAGCUGCUCCCCGUCAUCGGCGGGCGCAAGCUCCGGCACAUCACGAUGCUGGGGUCGCACAACGCGGGCAUCUCGGUCAGGACGGGCGGCACCAUCGGGCCGUCGGAGGCGUCCAUCUGCCAGGGCGUCGACGUGCUGGGCCAGCUGCGGGCCGGGGCGCGGUGGCUCGACGUGCGGCCCGUCAUCGGCAACGGCGGACAGCUGCUGACGGGCCACUACAGCGGGCAAAAGGCGCCCGUGUUCGGCAUCAGCGGGCAGGCGCUCGAGGACGUGGUCGGCAACGUCAACGCCUUCACGCGGGAGAACCCGGAGCUCGUGGUGCUGUCGCUGACGCACGCGAUGCAGACGGACGAAAAGUACCGCGACCUCAACGACGGCGAGUGGGACCGCGUCUUUGACGCCGUGGAGAAGCUCGAGAACCGCUGCGGCGGGCUCAAGGGCCAGAUCCCGGACAUGAAGCUCGGCGACCUGAUCGGCAACGGCAGCGCGUGCGUCGUCGUGCUCGCCGACGGCGGCAGGGUGCGUCCCGACAAGGGCAUCUACCGGCCCGGGGACAGCUUCGACUUCAUCGAGCGCUGGAGCAACGUCGACAAGGCGCCCGACAUGGCGGCCGACCAGGAGUCGUGGGUCCGGGCGAACCGGAACCUGGUCGCCGACGACAAGGCCCGGAAGGACAAGUUUGCCAUCAGCCAGUGGAUCCUGACCGUCAAGUCCGUGUCGGUGCUGACGUCCAGCAUCGAGGACUACGCGCUGAACCGCGCCUACGACGCCGUGUUCUGGAGGGGUUAUUCCAGCUGGAGCCCGUGGAGCUACCCCAGCGUUGUGCUCAUGGACUUUGUCGGCAUCAUCAACCGGGGAGACAAGCAGCUUACCGGCAUGAGCGGAGAGGCCAGGGCGCUGAUCAUGGCUGUAAAUGUCGGUUUGGCUAGUAGAAACUGUUGGGUUGGGGGCGGCGGUUUGGAGUGA